AAUCACAACAAACUAUCAACUUUGUGCUUAUUAUACCUUCUCUUAUAAGUCUUUUAGACCCAAAAAAUGGCUAGUUUUGAAAAUCCAACAUUUGCAUUUUCUGUCACUUCCCAAAAUAUUUGCAAUAAUGACCAAAUCAACAAAUUUGAUUUGCCAGUUGACUCAGAACACAAAGCAAAAUCCAUCAAAAUUUUCUCAUUUGCACAACCUCAUAUGAGAUCUUUUCACUUAGCUUGGAUUUCAUUUUUCACUUGUUUUAUAUCUACUUUUGCUGCUGCACCUUUAGUUCCAAUUAUUCGCGAUAACCUUAAUUUAACGCGUGCAGAUAUUGGUAAUGCAGGGGUUGCGUCUGUAUCCGGUAGCAUUUUUUCUAGACUAGUCAUGGGUGUACUAUGUGACUUAAUAGGUCCAAGAUAUGGCUGUGCAUUUCUUAAUCUAUUAACUGCACCUAUUGUUUUCUCAGUCGCAUUUAUCUCAAAUGCUGAGGGAUACAUAGCUAUGAGGUUCUUGGUUGGCUUUUCGUUAGCCACAUUCGUGUCAUGUCAAUACUGGACAAGCGUUAUGUUCAAUAGUCAAAUUAUUGGACUUGUUAACGGUGUGGCCGGGGGGUGGGGUGACAUGGGAGGCGGUGUUACACAACUCCUCAUGCCUUUUCUUUUUCAUAUAGUAAAAUUAACCGGGGCUACUCCGUUCACUGCUUGGCGUAUCGCCUUUUUUAUACCGGGAUGGUUACAUAUUAUUAUAGGAAUUAUGGUGUUAGCACUUGGUCAAGAUUUCCCUGAUGGAAACCUUAGUACUCUUCAAAAAAGAGGUGAUGUUGCUAAAGAUAAAUUUUCAAAGGUUCUUCGAAAUGCAGUGUCAAAUUAUAGGACAUGGAUAUUUUUCCUUAUAUAUGGGUAUUCCAUGGGAGUUGAGCUAUGUAUCAACAAUGUGAUAUCAGAGUAUUUUUACGACAAGUUCAAUCUGAAGCUACACACAGCAGGAAUGAUAGCUGCAACAUUUGGGAUGGCGAAUUUUGUGGCUCGACCAUUCGGAGGAUAUGCAUCUGAUUUAGCAGCACGAAAAUUCGGUAUGAGAGGUAGGUUAUGGGUCCUAUGGUUAGUCCAAACAAUAGGAGGAGCCUUUUGUAUCUGGUUGGGCCGGGCCGAGUCACUUCACAUAGCGAUAGUUUCAAUGAUCCUCUUCUCAAUCGGAGCCCAAGCCGCGUGUGGUGCAACAUAUGGAAUCAUUCCUUUUGUUUCGCGAAGAUCAUUGGGCUUGAUUUCUGGGCUCACUGGUGCUGGAGGAAAUUUUGGAGGCGGAUUAACUCAGUUUAUAUUUUUUUCAAGUACGCGAUUUUCUACUAGUGCGGGGCUAACAUGGAUGGGAGUAAUGGCGAUGGCGUGUACUAUACCCGUGGCAUUUAUACAUUUUCCGCAAUGGGGGAGUAUGUUUUUUCCAGCAUCAAAUGAUGAAAAAUACAAUGAAGAGUAUUACUAUGGAUCAGAAUGGUCAGAAAAUGAAAAACAAAAAGGCCUACAUCAUGCAAGUGUUAAGUUUGCAGAAAAUAGCCGAUCCGAACGCGGUAAAAAACAGAUUGUUGCAGCCAUAGCCACUUCACCUUACACUAGUACUCCAGAACAUGUUUAAAGAAUGUAUUUGUGAUGUUUGAAUCUGUGUUGCUCGGACUUUUCACAAUCGUUGUUGCACUCGUGUCAGAGUCUUCAAAAUGCACUACUUUUGAAGUAUCUGACAUGCACCUGUCGACAGUUUUGAAGAGUCCGACCAAUAUAGGUUUUAGCGGAGUGUGAUUGGUUGAAUCUCAUUAGUAGUAUUGAGUAUACAACCAUGAAUCCAUUGUAUUUUGUUUUUUGAGUUUUUGUAAUGUAAAUAACUCAUGUGCAAUAACAUUUCCUUUUAGUCUAUGAUAUUCGAGUUGAUUUCU